GGAGCUAAAAUGUCUUUGUCCUGAUUGGUCAAAUAUCAAUCUCUUGUGGCAGUUAUAUUUUCCGAGGUAGUCAUAUCUACGUAUAGUUUUCGUAUUCCAUGACCAAGAGCUCGUAAAAGAGUUUGGUCGCAAAAAUCAAAUUUGACUGAAUCGAUCAAAUUGUCUUUUGCACGUGUCAGUUUUUCCGCGAUUUUAACUAAAAUGUCUCACCACAGUUUGAAAUCUUCGAGUCAUGGAUAUUGCGAAGCUAUCUUCUCAACUUCGCCCAGAAACUCUAACAAGGAGAACACUGUUCCCGCGAUAAAAACAAAGAAAGAUUUGUAUCCUACCUUAUCUGAUGAACCAUCUACUUCAACGAGAAGUCAAAGUACAAACAAAAAGACACAAUGUCCUAUACAGAAGACGUCGAAACACGAAAUAACAGAGACUUUAAGGCCUUCAAACAAGUCAACUAGUAUGCAACUACCAUGUGUCAAAUCUACAAAUCUAUCGAAGCAGGAAAAUGCAAUUUGUAAUAAUAUUACAUCUAAUGAAAAAUUAAAGACUCCUGUCAGAACAAGAUUUGUAAAUAGCGCAUCUAAUGACAAGACAUCAGUGGUACAGUUUUGUACACCCAAGCAUUCAAAAAUGACAAAUACACCUAAUGCCAGUACAAAAUUCAAUAUUUUGUCUGCUACAAGAACACCUGUGAAAUGCUACUUUAGCGAUCAUGCUUUGUUACAAAGCACUCCAGAUUGUUUUAAUGUGGUUCACUUGGAAACUCCAUCUCAUAAAAUUGAUGAUAUAGUAGUCGGAGAACAAACAAUGUAUGAUGGUGAAAGCAGUAAUCUCACUGUUGGAAUACGCAUCAGACCUUUGAAUUCCAAAGAACUGAAUGAUCCAAAAGUUAAAAAAGUUGUGCAAGGGAAUGGUCAGAAUGUUAUUAUGGAAUGUGAAUCUGUACAUCACACUUUUAUAUAUGAUCAUUGCUUCAUCUCGUAUAAUGAUCCACUUACGCCUGGUCAUGCCAGCCAAGAAAUUGUCUUUCGUAAUAUGGUAUUGCCAUUAGUGCAAAACGCCUUCGAGGGUUAUAAUGUCUGCUUAUUCGCAUAUGGACAGACGGGAUCUGGAAAAAGUUACAGUUUAAUGGGCGUAGACUCUGCGCAUUUAAGCGUGACGCCAUUUGACGAAAAAGUCGGUAUUAUACCGAGAUUCUGUCAAGAAAUAUUUACCCAAGCACAUGAAAAUCCACAGAUUAUAACUACUGUAGAAAUUAGCUAUUUUGAAAUAUAUAAUGAAAAGAUACACGAUCUCCUGGCUAGUACAAAUAAUGGAUCAAAAAAAGCUCCUCUUAAAGUAAGAGAGCAUCCUGUCUUUGGCCCCUAUGUUGUAGAUCUGAGCCAGCAUUGUGUGCAAAGUUACAAGGAUUUACAAGCUUGGCUUAAAGUUGGAAAUUCACAAAGAGCCACAGCUGCAACUGGUAUGAAUGAGAAAAGCUCACGAUCUCAUAGUAUUUUCAGUAUUAUAUUAACUCAGACACAUUCGGACAACAAAUUGGAUUGUGAAUCACUUGAUGCCGAUCGUCGUAGUAAAAUUAAUUUGGUUGAUUUAGCUGGUAGUGAGAGAUUGAGUCAAACUUCUGCUACUGGUGAUAGAUUAAGAGAAGGUGUAUCUAUCAAUAAAUCUUUGCUUACCUUGGGGAAGGUAAUAGUGUCACUCACGGAGAACACAAAUAAUCGUAAACAGGGUUUUGUACCAUAUCGCGAAUCAGUAUUAACAUGGCUGCUAAAAGAGAGUUUAGGAGGUAAUUCACGGACAGCGAUGUUGGGAACGGUAUCGCCGGCCAAUAUUCACGUGGAAGAAACUCUAGCGACUCUUCGAUAUGCAUGCCAGGCCAGAGCUAUAGUCAACCGAAUCCGUAUCAACGAAGAUCCACAUGAUCGUGUAAUUCGCGAAUUACAAGCUGAAGUUCAACGUUUACGCGGGAUGCGAGAGGGAUAUGAGAAGCAAAUUGGAGUUAUACCUCGUCGAUUACUCAAUUGCAUCGAGCCAAUGCAUCAGUCCGAUGGGAAAGUUAAGCAAAAGCAAAAGGAGAUUGAUAAAUUGAAGGAUCAGUUAAAGAAAACAGAAGAGCAAUUGGCCGCGACUCAAAUGAGCUGGCGCGAAAAGUUCCAGAAAGCCGAGGAGAAAAAAAGUUCGGAGCUUAAAUAUUUGCGUCGUUGUGGAAUCGCCAUCGAGAUUGAUUUUCACGAAAAAGAUAAACAGCCUUGUCUCGUAAAUCUCGCAGCCGAUCCUAUGUUAUCCGGUACGCUUUUGUAUCUCAUACCUCCAGGUUUGGUUCGUGUUGGGAAAAGUAGCAGACCUGAAUCUACCCUCACAAAACUGGAUAUCAUGUUGGAUGGACCUCUUGUUAGGGAAUUGCACUGCUCCAUCGAAAAUAAAGGGGGAAAAUUAAUCUUGACACCCGAAAUGGAUGGAGACACAUAUGUCAAUGGGCAGAUAAUAACUGGAAAAAUUAUGCUUAAACAUGGUGAUCGUUUAGUCAUCGGUGGUAAUCACUAUUUCAAAGUCCUAAAUCCGUAUGAUGAGUCCUGCAAUGCCAAACUUUCUACACAAGCGAUAGAUUUUGAAUUUGCAUAUCAAGAAAUUCUCCGAGUACAGGAAGAAAGAUUAAGAGCAGAAUUGGAGGAAUCGAAACAGAAAGCGAUAAAGGAACUGGAAAAUGCCAAACGCGAAGUGGAAUUGCAACUCGGGUCGCAAAAAUCAGCAUAUGAGCAUAAAAUCGAAAUUCUCGGUUCCACUGUGGAAGAGCAAAAGCACGCACUUGAACAAAUUAAUCAUAGAAAGAGGGAACUGGAAUUGGAAAAGGAAUUACUCGUCACAGAGAUGGAAACUAACAAUAAGAUCAAGAAAAUACAACUGGAGCAAAGUCACGCGAGACUAUCGCCAUACAAAUCAAACUUCCUGCAAGAACUGGAGAAUAUUCUGAACGAAAGAACUGCGGAUAUCGAAAAUGCGCUAAAGACAAAACUUAAUCAAAAAGCAAUAACCGCCGGUGGCAUUAGUUUGCACGAAAUGCAAAUACUCGUCAAGGAAGCGACUCAGCGAUGUAAAGAAGCCGGAUUUAAUUAUGAAUUCGAUCAACAACAAAUAAUAGUAAAAAAGAAUUUACAGUCAGUGAUUCGCGUUCGUGAUAAAACCCAUAUGAUGGAGACAUUAUGGCAACCGAUGGACUUUUUAGAUUGGAUCCAUCGCUUGAGAAACUGUGAUAUAGAAGACUCGAUAAAGGAAUUGCGGGUUUUCCCUUACAAUUGGGAGCCUUAUGACACGAGAGAAAUAUUCGAAGACUCUUUAAACAAUAGUCGAAUUUCGAUAAAUAUGACACCUGUAAAAAAACAAUUGAACGAGAGCAUUCAUCAACUUACCAUGGACACAUCUAUAUUGGAACCGACUUUAAAUGAUCAAACUUCUGUAACGCAUGAUCAACAGGAAGAUAUAAAUGCAUGUCUUACUCAAAUUGAAGUUGCCGCGAAGACCUUGAACAAGCUGUGCCACUAUCAGAAUCACAAUAUUAAGCCAAUCGUCGAAUCGUUAACCAAGAUACAAGAUAUUAUUGAAACCUUAAAAAGCAUCUUCCAGAAUAAAGAUUUAAGUGAAUGUGAAGACACGAGUACAAAUUCGAUAAACAGUGUCAACAACACUGUCAUUGAUGUAACAAAUGAUAUAAAGACUAUCUUCCAGAAUAGAGAUAUAAAUAAAUGCAAGGAAGAAAAUACAGCCUCAUCAGAUAAUGUCAGUAAUAGCAACAUAGAUAAAGGAUUAACUGCGAAAAAUGUUGUGAAAAAUUCUUUAAAUCACAAUAUGUCACCAAAGAAAUCUAGCAUGCAAAGUAACAUUGAUGUGAAAACUGAAAAUUCUCCAAAAAACGUGAGGUUCAUUGAUAAAAUUGAACGUCAAUGAGUUCGAUAAAAUAAGUAAUAGCUAUUUAGGAUAAUGAUUAUUUUUAAACAAAACUUUUCAACUAUCAUC